AUACACGUCAGAUUUCAGUUGUCCAAGAUGGCGAAGGAGAGCGGGCCGAGGAAUAGAAAUCACUUCGGUUGCAACUCCAAAAGCCGACUCGAAGACGAAGGUUUCAAAGACAUGGAAGAUGGGCCCACUUUUCACAAUAACCAGAAGCCGCCUUCACUCCGGCCCGGAGACCUGAAUGAUGGGCUAAAAAUCAGGACAAUUUCUGCAGAGUGCUGUCAAAAUGAAAGCGUCAGUCCUUCACCAGAUGAAGGAAUUGAGGAGGAAAAGGCUGUGAUUGAGGAGGAAAAGCCAGGACCCAUCCAGAUCGUCCGAGCCAGCGAGAGCGACUACAUCUUUGAGCUUGAUAAUGCUGCACUGGAGAAGAUCCUGCUGCAAGAUCAUGUGAAGGACCUGAAUGUGGUGGUAGUUUCUGUGGCCGGAGCUUUUCGGAAGGGCAAGUCUUUCCUGCUGGACUUUAUGCUGCGCUACAUGUACAAUCAGGAUAGUGUCUCCUGGAUUGGAGGCAACAAUGAGCCCCUGACAGGGUUCAAAUGGAGAGGAGGCUGUGAGAGGGAGACCACAGGAAUUCAGGUGUGGAGCGAUGUGUUUGUGGUUGAUAAGCCGGAUGGCAGUAAGGUUGCUGUACUCCUUGUUGACACUCAGGGAGCAUUUGACAGCCAGUCCACCAUCAAAGACUCUGCUACCGUGUUCGCUCUCAGCACCAUGACCAGCUCUGUCCAGGUGUACAACCUUUCCAAUAACAUCCAAGAAGAUGAUCUGCAGCAUCUGCAGCUCUUCACGGAAUAUGGACGGCUGGCAAUGGAAGAAACUAAAACGAAACCUUUCCAGUCCUUAAUGUUCCUGAUUCGAGACUGGAGUUUUCCUUACGAACACGAAUAUGGACUAAACGGAGGAUGCAAGUUUCUUCGUAAAAGACUGGAGGUUAAAGCAUGCCAACAUGAAGAAUUGCAGAAUGUAAGGAGGCACAUCGACUCCUGCUUCAAAAAUAUCGCCUGUUUCCUGCUGCCACAUCCAGGCCUCAAGGUGUCAACCAACCCACACUUUGAUGGAAGGCUAAUAGACAUUGAAGAUGAUUUUAAGACACAGCUAGCUGAGCUGGUGCCUCUGCUCCUGGCCCCCGAUCAGUUGGUGGAAAAGGAGAUCAGUGGAAGCAGAAUCACAUGCAAAGAUCUGGUGGAGUAUUUUAAGGCCUACAUCAAGAUUUACCAAGGUGAUGAGCUUCCUCACCCAAAGUCCAUGCUACAGGCUACAGCAGAGGCCAAUAAUCUGACGGCUGUGGCUGGAGCCAAAGAGUUGUACAGCAGGAACAUGGAGCAGGUUUGUGGAGGAGACCAGCCCUACAUGGCACCCGCUGAUCUGGAGAGCUACCAUGCGGCUUUCGCUGAAGACUCUGUGAAAUAUUUCCGCUCCAUAAAGAAAAUGGGUGGUGAGGAGUUCUGUCAGCGCUACCAGACCCAGCUGGAGUCAGAGAUGGAGGAGGCGUUCGCCAACUUCUCCAAACACAACGAGGGCAAAAACAUCUUCUAUGCGGCUCGCACACCGGCAACACUAUUUGUGGUUAUGUUCUUCACCUACGUGCUGUCCGGAGUGACGGGCUUCAUUGGCCUGAGCCUUUUUGCCAAACUGGCCAACCUGGUCUUGGGCGUGGCUCUGCUGCUCCUCUGCAUCUGGGCGUAUGUGAAAUAUUCAGGAGAGUUUCGGGAGGCAGGAAUGUUGAUAGACCAGUUGGCUGAAGCACUCUGGGAACAGGUUUUGAAGCCACUAGCUGAUAAUUAUAUGGAGGACAGUGUCAGACAGACGGUCUUUAACUCCAUCAGAGCCAGCUUGGCAGAACAGGGUUCACGGCCCACCAGGUUAAAGACUGACUGAUGCUCCUCCUCUUCGGCCCCCCCAUCACGCACGCUGUCCACUUCUAGAACUGUGGGACUAGUUGAACACCAAAGCUGACCCUCUUUUUAUGUUUAUUUUUCGGGCGUAGUCUUGUUGCCGCCCGUCUGUCUUUGUCUGUGGACCUGUAGCCUUGCAGUCUGACCUGCUCUUCAUCGCCCCCUGGUGCCUCACACAACAUGCUGCACAAUCAAAGGAAGGAGCAGAGGAGCCGGGGGCAUCAUCCUGCGGGAUCCUCUGCCAUGCUCUGUUUAUUUGGUUGUUUUUUUUUUAUUUUAUUUUUCCUGAUCAUCAUUGUUGCUGGAAUCUGACUGCACUCAAUAUUAGGAAAACUGACACCGCCGUGGGUGGCUGCUAACAUCGGAUGCACGCUGCGGCACUUGAACGUGCAUGUUUUCCUGUCUUCAGACAUUUUCCCAGGGAUCUACUAACCCAUUCACUCUGAAAAGCAGGAUUUAAUUCCUGCAGUCAGUUCUGUUGAAGUGAAAACGCAAGUAGAAAGGAAAGCUAACCUGCAGAGCAGGGAACGAAGCAAAGCUGUAAUGUUUUGUUUUCGAUCAGAUCUGAAACACUAUGAGGCAACGUUUUUAUGAUCAUCCUGUGGGGUCAGGCUGCCUUCACAUGAGAAGGUUCCACAUUUUCCUUGUGUCCCUUUAAUAUUUCGUAUAGAUAACUGAAGAGCUACAGGUAGCACCAAGUUUCUCCCUACUGUUCUUUAAGGGGGUCUGUUUGUGAUUUUUAGAUAGUGAAGUGUGCUCUGAAACUACCUUUGGUGUCUCAUAGCAUACGUGCCAGUAUUCAGCUCUGUGCAUGCUGUUAGGAGCUUUUAGAGCCCAGCUAGGCUAGUGGUUAAUUUGAAACCGUUUUCUCAUCCAUGCCCUCCAAAAAGCUUCAGCAAUUGGCUGCAGUUUCAGACAGGUUGGGGUAUUUUUCCAGCCUCAUUUAUUCUGAUUUGUUCUGUGAGGAGUAAAUGGAGAAGACCCCGCCUCAUGUCUUUGCUGUUUGAACCAGCUGGGAGCUUUAGCUCUGCUGCGACAAUCAUUCAGAAAUUAAAUUCUUUCUGCUGCUUAGAUUUUUGUCCAUCAGGGCUGGACCUCCCAGAAGUAGAAGAAUAAUGUAUUUUAAUGCACCUCACCAACCUCCCUGAGGAACUCGGCCAUGUUUGUUUUUUAGCUCCUCACCAACAGCUGCAUGUGUCUUUUACUCUGAUUCCAUCCUCAGUUUCUAACUACAAACACAAGUCUCAUAAUGUACAGUGUCUUUUUUUUUUUUUUCCUCGUAUUAUAAAUCAGGCAUGUGUGUUAAUUAUUUAAGUAAAUAGUGUACACAUUUUAUAGAGAAUCACUUUACCAUGGCUAUUUUCUUGUCUGGAGUAACUUUCCAGCGUGCUUUGGUAAAGGAUGGGCUCCUGCUUGUAGGCUCGCCUUAGCUUCUGUUCUGUUCACCAGAAGGGACGGACGGCUGCAUGUUGCGGUUAUUGGACUGUUUACUGGGCUGCAGACAUUAGCCUGUCUUUUAAAGAUAUCUCUGGUAAAUUAUUUUUGAUUAAAAUGUUCAUUUUAAGAAUAAAUCACAUACACAGUC